UGAUGACUUGCAAUGGCUUUGAUUUAAUUUUAGAUAAAAGCUGAUUUAUGGUGAGAAAAAGAUUGAAGUGCACAAUGCCUUUAAUUGGUAAGAUAAUAUUAGAAUAGGUGAAGUAAAUUUAAAUCCAGCACAACAGCACAGAAAUACUUUUAGUUUUGUUUUGUUUUUUUAAUGUAGGAGUAAGUAAGUCUGAAGUCAACAGGGAGUAAGGAAAGAACUGGAGACUCCCGGGAAUGAACUUCCUUCUGUCUCCGCUUCCUCCUCACUGCUCUCCGCCCACCAGAUAACGUCACACGACGUUAACUCGGGUAUUAUCGAAAAUCCCAGCUCCUUCAUUUAUCACCGGGCCCUCCAUCAGCGUUUUAGUCGGAACUGCGAUAUUUCCGACUGCAUUUCAAAGCCGCAUUAGUUUUCAAGUUUAAAAGCAGCGCGUCGCUCCGGACAAACAAACCGCGGGACGAAGUGAGGCUAAACAAAUAUGAAACGUCCUGGAGAUGUAAUUACAGCGUAUGUAGGAACAUUUGCUCUUCUGGUUUGCCUGUAUUCAGUCACAGGGGACUACUGUGAGGUAAAUCACUGUUACAAUGGAGCAACAUGCGUGACGGGGGUAGGAGAGGAUCCCUUCAUCUGUAUCUGUGCGGAUGGCUUUGGUGGAGACACCUGUAACCUGACAGAGACAGGACCUUGCAGUCCCAACCCGUGUAAGAACGACGGGUCCUGCGAGGUCAUCGCUCCGACCAGACGAGGAGAUGUUUUCAAUGAGUACAUCUGCAAGUGCCAGCCCGGCUUUGAGGGAGUCCACUGCCAGAUCAAUGUGAAUGAUUGUGCCAACCAGCCUUGUAAAAAUGGCGGGGUGUGUCGCGAUCUCGAUGAAGACUACUCCUGCCGGUGCCCCUCACCAUAUGUUGGAAAGCAGUGCCAGCUACGGUGCAUUUCUCUGCUGGGGAUGGAGGGAGGAGCAAUCGUGGAGUCCCAGAUUUCUGCUUCCUCUGUGCAUUACGCCAUUCUGGGUCUUCAGCGUUGGGGCCCAGAGUUGGCGCGACUCAACAACCAAGGCAUCGUCAAUGCCUGGACAUCGGCCGCACAUGACAGGAACCCCUGGAUCGAGAUUAAUAUGCAGAAGAAGAUGCGUCUGACGGGCAUCAUCACUCAGGGUGCCAGUCGCAUGGGCGCAGCUGAGUACAUCAAAGCCUACAAGGUGGCGAGCAGCCUUGAUGGAAACUCCUACAUCACUUACAAAGUGGAUGGCCAGCGGAGGGAUAAGGUGUUUGUGGGCAACAUGGAUAAUGACAGCACCAAGACCAACCUUUUUGACCCUCCUAUAGUGGCCCAGUACAUCCGCAUCAUACCCGUGGUCUGCCGCAGGGCCUGCACGCUGCGCAUGGAGCUGGUGGGCUGUGAACUUAACGGUUGCUCAGAGCCUCUGGGUAUGAAGUCUCGGCUCAUCUCGGACGGGCAGCUUUUAGCCUCCAGCACUUACCGCACGUGGGGCAUCGAUACUUUUACGUGGCACCCUCAGUUUGCCCGACUGGAUAAGGUGGGGAAGACAAAUGCAUGGUCACCUGCACACAACAACCGCUCAGAGUGGAUCCAGGUUGAUCUAGAGAAGACAAAGCGCCUCACCGGCAUCAUCACACAGGGUGCAAAGGACUUCGGAGUAGUGCAGUUUGUGUCAGUGUUUAAAGUUGCUUACAGCAAUGAUGGAGAGUCUUGGAGUACACUGAAGGACGGGAACACUGGCAACGAUAAGCUUUUCCAAGGAAACAUUGACAACAACACCCAUAAGAAGAAUCUUUUUGAGCCUCCGUUCUACGCUCAAUAUGUCCGAGUCAUCCCCUGGGAAUGGCACGAGCGCAUCACCCUGCGCAUGGAGCUGCUGGGCUGCGAUGAUUAGAAACUCAUCAGUAACCAUUUAUCAGCGCUCCAUCCUCAGAUGCUCCAUCUGUCUCACCACAGCAGAGGAUGCAUCUUUGUUUUCUACUUCAUGGAAAUCAGAUUUGCUGAAUAGCUUGGACUUUAACACUUGUAGCACUUUGUCUAGUGACUUUUUUAAAAUGUUUACAUCAAUAAAAAUCGUUUGAAGUUGAUGCGUUUGACUGUCACAGAUUCCUCAAUUGAGCAUUUGUGCUUUAGGAGCUUUUUGUUGCACAGAUUUUCUCUUAGUCUACCUAAGAGUGCAAACCCUGAGUUUUUUGUUUUUUUUUUCCUCUUUGUAAUUUUAAUCUGCAGAGGGCAUAAAGGCAUUGAAUAACAAACUUCUUUAUGUCUUUUUUUUUUUUUUUUUUUUUUAAACAUUUGACACAUUUUUCUGCUUAAUUCUUAAAUUUAAUUUCAUUAUCAUUUAAUUAUUUUUACAACAAAUGUGAAAUGUGUAGAAAAAGAUGCCUAGAAAAUGAGCAUUGUUUUUGCAUUUCUCUU